AUGCGGACCCGACGUUCACGGCGCAUGGCGGUGGGGGAUGCGCAGGACCCGGUAUGGGCGGAAUACGGCGCCGCGCUGGGCCGCGUCGUGAUGGACGGGAUCGCACGGGUGAUGCAGCGCGUGGGUAUCGUUGCGUCAGGCGUGCAGGUGAUGGCUCGAUGGAACGAGUGGGAGCAAGGGGGCCUAACAGGGCAUGGGAUUCCUGGGGUUCAAGGUGGUCAGCAGUGCCUUGUUGCUGCGUUUGAGGGGGACCCUCAUGUGAUUCCUGGUGCCGUUCAUGUCGGGCACAUGGUGAAGGCAGCGCCGGGCGAAGGGAAGUUCAGCUACGUGUCGAUUGAUGGGGGGGGAGGCGAGUGGUAUGCACGGUGCCUCAUGCUCUUCCAUUUCAUGGACGACGAGGCCCAGAUCCACAGGCGCGCCGUGGUGCGGUACUUCGACGAGCAUCCCACUCCAUGCCCCGUGACGGGAUGCGUGAGGCACUUGCCAACGGAGGGAGAGGAUGAGUAUGCCGUUGUCGAGGUGGAGAGCAUUCUCUCCCUUGCCCACAUUGUUCCGUGUUUCACAGAGACCCGGUUCUCUUUGGUGAAUCGGUUCCUGUUUGAUGAGUGA